GGAUUAAUUUUAGAUGAGUUCAAUCUUUCCCUUCUUUCUCAAUAUGCACAAGAGAUUCUUCCUCCAUCAGCUUAUUCUUUUCUGCCAUGAAACCUGAAACUUCUGCCUUGUUUCGAUAAAGAUUGAUUGAAGUUAUAAAUAUAUCACUUGAAGAUCUCUUACCCUUUCUUCUCCAUUAAAACAUCUUUCCAUCUGCUCAGUUCAAGCUUCAUUUUAAGGGUUAAUUCCAUCACUAAGACAUGAGAUGAGAUGAUUUCAAGUUCAAGAGAAGCGGAUUUUGAAGCCAAAGAAGGCGAUAAGGGUACGAGUAACAAAGGAAAGAUAGUUAAAACUUCGUCUGUAUCGAGUUCAUGGCCAAAACUAAAGGAUCCGAGAAUCGUUCGUGUUUGUCGUGCUUUUGGUGGUAAAGAUAGACAUAGCAAAGUUACAACCGUGAGAGGAUUGCGUGACAGAAGAGUAAGGCUUUCUGUUCCGACAGCGAUCCAACUAUACGAUCUACAAGAAAGACUAGGGUUUAAUCAACCUAGCAAGGUAGUAGAUUGGUUACUCAAUGAAGCCAAGCAUGAAAUCGACGAACUCCCUCCACUUCAAUUUCCACCCGGAAGCUUGGGCCAAAACUUUUAUCAAUUAAUGGAAAGUUCUACUAAUCAUGAAUUGAACAAAGAUCACGGUGGUUUAGAUUGGAGCGAAGAUCAAGUGGGAGUACUUCCUCAAUGGUAUGGGAAAUGUAAGGAUGAUGAUCAUAAAGACGGAGAAUUAUUAGGAACAACAUCAAAACGCGAUGAGCUUGAUCAAGAUCGAAGGGCGGGGAGCGGUUACAUUGGAUCAUCUUCGGAUCAUUCACAUAUGUCGGGUUUGGUAAAUAAUUCAUCACAAAGUGAUUCUCAUCGAUGGAAUCCUUCUUCAAACUUUUCGCUAGCUCAUAUGGGUAGUAGUCAUGGAUUUACAAGUCAUCAAGUGGAAGAUCUUCAUAACAUGAACUUCUUAUCGAAUACUUCACUAGCUCUUCCAUCGGGUAGGAGUGGGUCCACGACGCAAUCUUACUUCCCGGUUGUGGCUAAUUCUACUUCGGAUGAGUUUGAUCCGAAACAAGCAAAUAACUUCAAUAUGUUGAGUUCCAAUUCACAAAGUCUUUACUCAAUAAGCCAAAUGCCACCCAUUAUGAGACCUUUCCAUUUGAGCAUGAAUAUGUCCCCUAAACUCUUUCUUCCCCAGGACAACAAUAUUGGAGAUCAAUCAAACAAUGGAGAAGAUCACUUACCCACAAAAAGAUAAAUAUGAAAUAGCUCAUUAUUAUAUAGAUUUGAUUUGAGGCUUUGGUGUUAGAUUAAUUAAUUAUUAGUUAGUGUGAUUGAAUUAAAUAGUAAUGAUAUCAUAUCAUGAUGCUUUGAACCUGUGUUCACUGCAGAUGCACUUUCUUGUCUUUCAAUUCCUUCUUUAUUGGUCUUGUUCUCACAGUUCAUUAGAUUCCUCCAUACUUGUCCUAAUUAUGAAGCUAGCUAGCUUCAUGAAGAACUGCAAACACUUUGAUUUAAGAAGUACUUUUCAAUUUGUUUUU